CCAGUGCUAGCCUACGUUUCGGUUCUGUUUAUACUGUGCCAAUGGUUUAGUCAACUGUUUGCACUGUUGAUCCUUUCGGCUCUUCAUUUCAUUGCAGUCUUUUCUCCAGCAAAAUUUCGUUUAAUUUUACCGCGGCAUAUGUGGAUCACCAACUUUUUCAUUAUCGUGAUCGGUAUCCUGUUGACAGCGCCUACGUUCACGCCGUACUGUGGCUACGCUUAUAUGACUGAAAGUCAUGUGUGGGCUGACGACAAAAGCAAACCGUACACGUACAUAUGGCGGCGCUGUAACUUAUCGUUACAGGCAGUCUGCGUGAUUGUACUGGCUUGUGUCGACGCAGUCAUCAUUUGGAAAAUUCGUACGCUUCGAAUUGUUGGAACAAAAAGAAAUGACAUUGUCCCAUCUUCUAGGAUUACAGUUCCGCUGGAAACGAGAAGUAAUCGUGAAAAACGUAUCAAUCGAGAGAAACGACUAGCCUUGAAUUUCGUAUUUCUGAGCGCCUGCUUCCUGUUCCAGUCUACUGUCUACAAUCUUCCAUUCCGUUUAUUCGUUCCAAGUAGUACUCCUGUAGACGAAGUUUUGGCGACCAGUAAAGCUAUGGAUAUGGAAACCGCUUUAUACGUGACAAACUUCGCUAUCAACACCUUCAUCAUUUUCAUUGACGUAACCGUCAUAUUUGUCGCCAUUAAAACAGGAGAAUUCGCUCGGCAACUUAUUCUGUGGAUCAUCUUUUUGUGUAUGGGUAUGGAUAUUGCUGUGUAUUUGAAUACUGUAAUUCAUGACGUGCCUAGUUUUGUUAUGAACACGGAUAUUUUCAAAUUACCGAUGUUCACUCCAUAUUGUGGUUACUCUUAUGUCAUACAAGGUCACUACUGGUAUCUCGAUACAAGCAAACCGUACUCAUACCUAUAUCGUAGCUGGAACUUAGUUUUACAGAUAACCUGCGCAGCUGUUGUGGCUUUUGUAGAUGUGUUAAUUAUAUGGAAAAUUCGUAUGAGUCGGAACAUAGCAAGGAAGAACAAGGUCCUUGGUCCAUUCUAUGUGACUGCUGCUGGAACGAUGAACCGUGAAAAACGUAUCAAUCGUGAAAAACGUCUGGCUCUGAAUUUCGUAUUUCUGAGUGCAUGCUUCCUAUUCCAAACCAUCGUCUACAAUCUUCCAUUUCGGUCAGUUUCAUAG